AUGGAGCGGAGUAUCGAUAUCUACGCCAGCAAGCUGGGCGACGACAAGCUUGAUGUCAAGAUCAGGGCCAAUGUUGCGGUCGAGCUUCGAGAUAGCAUAGAACCCUUAUGCUCCGGUGCAAACUAUCCCAUCUUCCUUGCCAAGUUAUGGCCGGUGUUCAAGAAUAUUCUCAAGGGAGAGCCGGUGUUCACAAAUUUGUCGUUCGAGCAGAAAUUGCGGAACUGUGUACUCGAGACGUUACAUCGGCUGCCAAUGGCCUCCCCGGAUGUCGAGCCCUACGCUGCGGAUAUGGUGGACCUGCUGAUGGAACUGGUGCGCAUCGAGAACGAGGAGAACGCCGUCCUCUGCAUGAAGACUAUCAUGGAUUUGGAACGGAACCAGGCAAAAGCGACGGCGGCCCGGGUGCAGCCCUUCCUCGAGCUGAUCCAGGAGAUGUUCCAGACAAUGGAACAGGUGGUUCGCGACACCUUCGACACACCAAGCCAGGCCACUCCGUCGGGGAUGCCGUCGACGCCAAGUGCUACGGUUCAGACCUUUCAGUCUCCGCGACCCAGCUCGCCUGCCACAUCGGUGUCCGAUCUCGGCCCGGACCAACAAGCCAGCAACGUCCUGCUGAAAGGCAUGCAGUCCUUCAAGGUUCUGGCGGAGUGUCCCAUCAUCGUUGUGUCCAUUUUCCAGACUCAUCGGAACUCCGUGUCGGCCAAUGUCAAGCUGUUUGUGCCGUUGAUCAAAAGUAUCCUCCUGCUUCAAGCCAAGCCGCAGGAGAGAGCGCAUGCGGAGGCCGCAGCUCAAGGGACAAUAUUCACGGGCGUGUGCAGGGAGAUCAAGAAUCGAGCUGCCUUUGGCGAAUUCAUCACAGCACAGGUCAAGACAAUGAGCUUUCUUGCAUACCUGCUUCGCAUGUAUGCGCACCAGCUGCAAGACUUCCUUCCAACCCUUCCCUCGGUUGUAGUUCGACUACUUCAGGACUGUCCCCGGGAGAAAUCCAGCGCCAGAAAGGAGCUGCUUGUGGCUAUCCGUCAUAUUAUUAAUUUUAAUUAUCGGAAGAUCUUCCUGGAGAAGAUCGAUGAGCUUCUUGACGAGCGGACGCUUAUUGGCGAUGGCCUCACCGUAUACGAAACUAUGCGGCCUCUCGCCUACAGUAUGCUUGCAGACCUAAUACACCACGUACGUGAUCACCUCACUCGGGACCAGAUUCGGCGGACCGUCGAAGUAUACACCAAGAAUCUUCAUGAUGACUUCCCUGGGACAAGUUUCCAGACAAUGAGCGCUAAACUUCUCUUGAACAUGGCCGAGAGGAUCGCCAAACUAGAUGAUAAGCGGGAAGCUCGUUACUUCUUAAUUAUGAUCUUGGAUGCUAUCGGUGACAAGUUUGCUUCCAUCAACCAUCAGUUCGACAACGCUGUAAAGGUCUCCAAGGCAUACAAGGCAAGCAGAAAAGAUGUUGAGCCCUCUUCAGAGAGGUACUUGGCGGACAAGCAUCACCCCCCGGACUGGGAUGAGAUUGAUAUAUUCUCGGCAUCGCCGAUCAAAACCUCGAAUCCUCGCGAUCGCGGAGGGGACCCGGUUUCGGACAAUAUCUUCUUAUUCAAGAACCUGAUCAACGGCCUAAAGAACAUCUUUCACCAACUCAAGAACUGUAACCCGGAACAUAUCCAAAUUGAUCCAAACAAUGUUCCAAUCAAUUGGUCUGAGGUCUCUUAUGGUUAUAACGCCGAAGAAGUUCGAGUUAUCAAGAAGUUGUUCCACGAGGGUGCGCGUGUAUUCAAGUACUAUGGCGUCGACCAGCCUGCUCCGGAGGUGACAUACACUUCUCCCUUUGACUUCCUUGCCAGUCAAUACACAGCGCCGAUGUCGCGAGAAGAGAAGGAGCUUCUCGAGAGUUUCGGAACCGUUUUUCACUGCAUCGACACGGCCACCUUCCAUGAGGUCUUCCAUUCUGAGAUCCCAUACCUCCACGAGCUCAUGUUUGAGCACGGGGCCCUCCUCCAUCUUCCCCAAUUCUUCCUUGCCAGCGAAGCCACAUCUCCCGCAUUCUCUGGCAUGGUGCUCCAGUAUCUCAUGGAUCGGAUACAUGAAGUGGGAACCUCUGACAUGAGCAAAGCCAAGAUUUUGUUGAGGAUGUUCAAACUAUCUUUCAUGGCUGUGACUCUCUUCUCUGUCCAGAAUGAACAAGUACUGCAUCCUCAUGUAACCAAGAUUGUUACCAAAUGCAUUGACCUUUCGGUGACUGCUGAAGAGCCCAUGAACUAUUUCCUUCUUCUGCGGUCACUCUUUCGCAGCAUUGGUGGCGGUCGGUUCGAACUGCUAUAUAAGGAAAUCCUUCCGCUGCUAGAGAUGCUCCUCGAGACGUUCAACAACCUGCUCCUUGCGGCCCGGAAACCUCAGGAGCGAGAUCUCUAUGUUGAGCUCACUCUCACUGUGCCAGCUCGCUUGUCCCAUCUCUUGCCGCACCUGAGCUAUCUCAUGCGACCUAUUGUAGUAGCUCUGCGUGCGGAUUCGGACCUCGUAGGACAGGGUCUGCGAACACUCGAGCUUUGUGUUGACAAUCUCACUGCUGACUAUCUGGAUCCAAUCAUGGCUCCCAUCAUGGACGAGUUGAUGACAGCCCUUUGGGAUCAUUUGCGACCCCAUCCCUAUAAUCACUUCCAUGCUCACACGACAAUGAGGAUCCUGGGCAAACUCGGUGGCCGCAACCGAAAGUUCCUUAACCACCCCCCUGAGCUUACCUUUGAGCAGUACUCAGACGAUGCGCCAAGUUUCGAUAUCAAACUCAUCGGGCCAAGCGAAAAACGGCCAUUUCCUAGUGAGAUUGGAGUCGAUCUUGCUGUCAGGAAGUUGAUGGAGGUGCCCAAAACACCAGCGGCUAAGGCUUCUGAUAGCUAUUACAAACAGCAGGCCUUCCGCAUGCUCUCCUCUCAACUGAAGCUUUAUAUUGGCUAUGAGAAUCUCCCAGAGGAUCUCUCCACGCUACUGCGUCUUAAUGCCAACGACCUUUUUGAUAACAAAACAACGGGAAUGGCUGAUAUACUGGAGAAAUCUGAGCGAUCUAGCUCCAUCGCCAAGAAACAGGCUCAGGAAGGCACAUUGAAGAAGCUGCUGAAGGCUUGCAUCCUCGCCACUACCAUUCCGGAUCUUGAACAGACUGCAACAGCUUUCGUGGCCGAUGUGUGCAAGCAUUUUGCAGUUGUGGAAGUCGGUCGGGCCCUCGCCGUGGCGCGGCAUAACCGGAAGCCCUUUGACGUUGCCAGUGGCGAAGGUCCUGUGUACCUUGACUCCCGGGUCCUCGCCGAAGCCAUCGUAGAAUGUCUUUCUUCUGACGAUGUUCACGUGCGUGAAGGUGCUGAGGCGACCAUGCAGAUUAUGAAAGAGGCCGCUGCGAUCAUCUUUGGAGCUCCAGAACGUGCUUCAAAGUUGCCGUUUUUCCAGCACCUAGGCCGUGUCUUUUGCCAUAGCUGUCAUAGCGAGGAAUGGUUCACUAAGGCCGGUGGCAGCCUGGGCAUCCAUCUUUUCGCUGCCAAGCUGGACCUUGGGGAUUCUUGGCUUUUCGAGAAACAAUCUGAAUUCGUCCGAGCCCUGAUGUAUGUGAUCAAGGAUACGCCCUCUGAUCUCCCUGCUAGUACUCGCAUAAGAGCACAGGAAACAUUGGAUCUGAUCCUGAGAAAAUGCUGCAAGAAUGCGUCCAAGGAUGACAUGAAAAACGAGAAAAGCCGUCUUUGGUCUCUAUGCGGAUUCUUCGUCUAUGAGCUCUCACACAUGAACAAGUACGUCCGUGAAGCUUCUCGGAAGAGUUUCUCUACGAUCGCUGAGGUCCUUGGAUGCCAAGUACACGAACUCAUCUUUCCCGUCAAAGACCGUCUUCUGCAGUCAAUCUUCAACAAGCCUUUGCGAGCUUUGCCAUUUCCAACUCAAAUUGGCUUCAUUGAUGCGAUAACCUUUUGCUUGAGUCUUCACAACGACAUAGUCACCUUCAAUGAUCCUCUGAAUCGGCUGAUGUUGGAAUCUCUUGCCCUCGCAGAUGCUGAUGAUGAGUCUCUUGCGUCCAAGCCGAAUGAGUUUAAGAAUGCCGAGAUGAUCGUCAAUCUUCGUGUUGCCUGCCUGCGCCUGCUGUCUAUGGCAAUGAGCUUUUCUGAGUUCGCCAACACGCCGCAGAAUACCAGCCGAGCACGUAUCAUCUCCGUCUUCUUCAAAUCACUCUAUUCCCGCUCCCCGGAUGUCAUCGAGGCGGCAAACGCUGGUCUUCGGGAUGUCCUCACCCAGACAAACAAGUUGCCCAAGGAUCUACUGCAAAAUGGCCUUCGCCCAAUCCUAAUGAACCUUCAAGACCCCAAACGCCUCAGUGUUGCGGGACUUGAUGGCCUUGCUCGCCUUCUUACCCUUCUUACAAACUAUUUCAAGGUUGAGAUUGGUGCGCGUCUCCUGGACCACAUGAAGGUGAUAGCAGAUGAUGCUGUGCUACAGAAAGUUUCAUUCAGCCUUGUUGAACAAAAUCAGACGAUCAAGGUUGUUACGGCAAUUUUCAACAUCUUUCACCUCCUUCCUCCAGCUGCUACAUCAUUUAUGGAGCAUCUUGUGAAUAAGGUCUUGGAAUUGGAAGAGAAGCUUCGCCGGACAUCCAACAGCCCGUUCCGCAGACCGCUUGUGAAGUACCUCAAUCGCUAUCCGAAGGAGAGUCUUGCAUUCUUCCUAGCUCGUUUCAAGGAGGAACGAUUCGGCCGCUUCUUUGGUCAAAUUCUCGCGGAUCCGGAGAGCGAGGCGUUGCGUGCUGCAGUGGUUGCAGACACGGAAGGCUUCAAGACGGCUGCCUUUGGACAAGACCAGGCCGAUGGCAGGAACACAGCCGCCAUCAACGGCAUCUACGUCACGCAUUCUAUCUGCUUUUACGAAGCAACGAAGCGCUGGCUGGUAUCGCAUGCUGAUCUCAAGAUCUUACUUCUGAAUGCUGGACGAGACCUCGAGAAAAAGCUACGCAUGGAUAGGCUUCCCGCCAAUGAACGUCUCAGAGUCGAGCAAGCAGAGGAUCAGUUGAUGGACAUAUUCACCAUCUACCUGUCAGAAUCCGUCCAGGAUCUGGAUUUCCUCUUUGAAGUCAUGGAUGGGUUGUCUGCGGAGGAACUUAAGCGUACACUGGCCUUCCCGAAGUUCAUUUACCGCCACAUCAUUACCAAUGAAUCCAUUGAUUAUCGGCGGUCCGUGAUCAUGCGAUGCCUCGACCUGUACGGUCAGCGGUCUUGCUCACAGAAGAUGAAGACGUACGCCUUUCACAAUCUGGUGAAUCCAAUUUUCGCCAAGGACGUUCAGACUUCAUGGAACAGCCCUCCAAACAGCCCCAAGUUGAUGGAUAAGAGCAUGACUGAGUCUAUCCAGAGCCGUUUGUGGCGACCUCAAUUGGCUGACUUGAGUGAGGAGUCAAGUCAAGCUGGUGUUGACCACUCGCGUAUGGAGCUGCUCCAAUUGUCGGCACUGUUGAUCAAGUACCAUCAUCAAACUGUGCAGGAUUCUCGCAAGGACAUCAUCAAGUUCGCCUGGAAUUACAUUCGUCUUGAGGAUAUAAUCAACAAGUACGGAGCCUAUGUCCUCAUCAGCUACUUCAUUGCCCACUACGAAACGCCCUUCAAGAUUGUCAUUCAGGUUUACGUUGCCUUGUUGCGAGCACAUCAGAAUGAGGGUAAAGCGCUUGUCACCCAAGCUCUCGAUGUUCUGGCACCUGUGCUACCUACACGAGUGAUGGGUAUAACGAACAACGCGCAGUCGCCGGAUAACAGGUACCCUUUAUGGGCAAAGUGGCCUCGGCGAAUUCUGGCUGAAGAGACCGCGAAUCUACAGCAAGUGAUGAGCAUCUUUCAGUUCCUUGUGCGGCAGCCAGACCUCUUUUAUGAAUCUCGCGAGCAUUUCGUUCCUCUUAUCGUGCCCUCGCUGAUCAAGAUUGCUGCGCCUCCGAACUCCAACAACGAAAGCAAGAAACUUGCUUUGAAUCUGAUCGGUUUGAUCUGGCACUGGGAGGAGAAGAGAGUCAACAGCAGCCGUAUGGCUAUGACGAAUGGCCACUCGGAGUCGCCCAAUGCAAGAAAACGAAAACUCGAAGACACUCAAGCCAUGUCCUCUCCUGCUGCAUCGCUUGCUCCUCCUAGCUCUCGUGAACGCAGUGAGUAUGAGGUGCCUUCCGAUCUUCGUGCUGCAUUGUCCAAAUACCUCAUUACCUUCAUCACAACUGUGCCUGAAAGAUUCCCGGUAUCGGCUGCUCGUUUCCGUGAAUUACCGACUUCGAAACCACAGCAGCAGCAGCAACAGAACAUCCUCACAGGCGAUAUGGUCAAAAAGGCCGUAUUCUUGUUACGGAAUCUCCUCUCUCCCGACUAUUGGGGUGAUCUUGAUAUUGAACUUUAUCAGAAGAUCACUGAGCCAAUCCUAGCUGGGGAGAAGGCAGACAAGCCUGAUGAGAAGCACAUCACUAGCAUGAUCAAUGCGUUGCAAGUCGUGCGUGUUCUGCUUGCAGCUAAACCAGAUGAUUGGAUUGCCGCUCGUCUCCCGCUUAUUCAAAAGCUGUUCGAGAAGCCCUUGCGCUCCGAUAAUCCUGAAAUCCAAGAUUCACUUCAUGGAGUAGAAGAUGAUAUGGACAUCUCUCCUAAACUGCCACCCCCAAUACGGCGAGCCCUCAAUUCUCUUCCCGAAGACCAGCCGGAAGAAGAAGACGGCAUGGAUGUUGAGAACUCGCCUUCCGAAUUUGUCACCUACUUGUCAACCAUCGCAACAGAAACGCUCUCAGCCAACAACUACAUCUCAAGCCUGAACGUCCUUUGGACUUUAUCCAAGAGCAAACCGGCCGAGAUGGAUGCGCAUAUCACUCAGGUGAUGAAGGCGUUCUCCCAGAAAUUAGCAAAAGAACAUGUUGCAGCCUCGACGAACAACAAUCAAACUCCGUAUCCACCCGGUGGCGCCAAACCCGCGGAGACUGUGCCAGACCAGCAAGAGUACGAAAUCGGUGUUGAUUUGAUUCUGAAGACAAUUGACUUGAUCUCUGUGCGCAUGUCGCACCUGGGGGAGCACAGACGCCCGUUCCUGAGUGUUCUAGCACAGCUCGUGGAGAGAUCGCACAAUGAGGCGCUCUGCACCAAAGUGUUGAAUAUGGUCGAGUCUUGGAUCUUCCACUCAACCGAGUCGUGGCCCACAUUGAAGGAGAAGACUGCCGUGCUGCACAAAAUGCUUCUGUUCGAAUCGCGUCCUGACCAGAAAAUGCUGAGGAAGUUUUUGGAUCUUGUUAUUCGGAUCUACGAGGAUUCCAAGAUCACACGCACAGAGCUAACUGUCAGGCUUGAGCAUGCUUUCCUGAUUGGCACAAGAGCUCAAGAUGUCGAGAUGCGGAACCGUUUCAUGAACAUCUUUGACCGGAGUUUGACUCGACUAGCUAGUUCUCGGCUUAGUUAUGUGUUGACGUGUCAAAAUUGGGAUACUCUCGCGGAUUCUUUUUGGCUGGCGCAGGCCUCUCAUCUCAUCCUCGGGUGUGUCGACACGACAACUCCAGCGAGACUUCACCCAGAUGAUUUCACCAUAUACCCCCUGUCUUUCCUUUUCAGCAACGCGGAGAAGGAUGCCAGGAAGGCCGAUGUUAUGGUUGAUAUCCAGUUAGAAGCCUUCGUCUCCGAAAGGAAGCGAUUCGUGGCUGAGAUUGGUGACAUGAGGACUCGUGAUCUUAUAGAGCCGCUCAUUCAACUCCAGCACACCGAUCCCAAGGUCGCUUACAGCUUAUGGACUACACUUUUCCCCAUCUUCUGGUCUACGUUAUCAAGGGAGGAUCGCAUUGAUUUGGAGAAGGGCAUGGUCACCCUGCUCACGCGUGAAUACCACCAAAGACAACUGGAUAAGCGGCCGAAUGUUGUGCAAGCUCUGCUUGAAGGUGCGGUCAGGGCUAAGCCUCGGUUCAAGAUUCCUCCCCAUGUGAUGAAGUACCUCAGUCGUACUUACGAUGCUUGGUACACUGCUGCCACAUAUCUGGAGGAAUCGGCUAUCAGCCCGAUUAUCGAUACUCCAACUGUACGCGAGAGCAAUCUCGACGCGUUAGUCGAAGUUUAUGCCGGCCUGCAGGAGGAUGACUUCUUUUACGGUACUUGGCGGCGCAGGUGCAAGUUCGUCGAGACCAACGCGGCGCUGUCUUACGAGCAGCAAGGAAUGUGGGAUAAGGCUCAGCAGCUGUAUGAGAAUGCUCAAAUCAAGGCGCGGUCGGGUGCAAUGCCGUUCUCUCAAGGCGAAUACUACCUGUGGGAAGACCAUUGGUUGAUCUGUGCUCAGAAACUGCAGCAAUGGGAGAUCCUAAGCGACUUUGCCAAGCAUGAGAAUCUCAAUGAUCUUCUCCUGGAAUCCGCUUGGAGAAACAUUGAGAAUUGGCAAAGCGAAGGCAACCGGGAGCAGCUGGAGUCGCUUAUCAAGUCCGUCUCUGACGCACCCACACCCAGACGCACAUUCUUCCAAGCUUUCAUGUCUCUCUUGCAGUUCCACCUCAAGAAAGAGAAUUUGCAAGACUUCAAUGGCGUCUGCGAUGAGUCAAUCCAGCUAUCCAUCCGCAAAUGGCUGCAGCUGCCGAAGCGGAUCACUAACGCUCAUAUCCCGAUCUUGCAGCAUUUUCAACUGCUGGUUGAGCUUCACGAUGCUAGCCACAUUUGUGCGAGCUUGUCCCAGACCAAUGAGCGAAAUCUGGACACUAAGUCCGCUGAGUUGAAGCUGCUGCUUGGAACCUGGCGGGAUCGUCUUCCGAAUCUGUGGGAUGACAUCAAUGCCUGGCAGGACCUUGUCACCUGGCGGCAGCAUAUCUUCCAGCUGAUCAAUGCGACGUAUCUGAGCCUCCUGCCUCCGCAGACUAACAACGUCGCGAGCAAUUCCUACGCCUACCGUGGCUACCAUGAAACCGCAUGGAUCAUCAACAGGUUUGCCCAUGUUGCUCGCAAGCACCAGAUGCCUGAAGUCUGCAUCAACCAGCUCAGCCGCAUCUAUACACUCCCGAAUAUCGAGAUUCAAGAAGCUUUCUUGAAGCUUCGAGAACAAGCGAAAUGUCACUACCAGAAUCCCAAGGAACUCAAUAGUGGAUUGGACGUCAUCAACAAUACGAAUCUCAACUACUUUGGUGCGCAGCAGAAAGCCGAGUUCUACACUCUUAAGGGCAUGUUCUUGGCCAAGCUUAACCAUGUCAAUGAGGCAAAUGAGGCGUUUGGAGUCGCCCUUUACUACGAUUUAAGACUUGCAAAGGCGUGGUCCGAGUGGGGCCAGUACAGCGACCAGCGCUUCAAGGCCGACCCCUCUGACUACGAGUUGGCUAGCAAUGCAGUUAGUUGCUAUCUCGAGGCUGCCGGUCUAUACAAGAAUGCCAAAUCAAGGAAACUACUCAGUCGUAUCCUUUGGCUUCUCAGUCUGGAUAACGAAGAGGGCCGCAUUGCUGGAGCUUUUGAAAACUUCAAGGGAGAUACACCUGUGUGGUACUGGAUCACCUUCAUUCCGCAGCUCCUCACCAGCCUAUCUCACCGAGAGGCACGUCUUUGCAAAGCCGUCUUGGUCAAGAUCGCGAAACUGUAUCCGCAGGCGCUCUUCUUCCUACUUCGUACGAACCGCGAGGACAUGCUCAGCAUCAAGAAACAACAUGACCAGAAGCAGGAGAAGCUGAACCGUGCCCGUCAACAGCAGGCCUCGCCACUUGCAAAGUCUUCACCGGUGACGGCUGAUGGCUCACCUGCUCUGAGUUCACAGUCUGCUAAUGUAACCCCGGUCCAAGGCCAGGCGGGCCAGGUAGCUAAAGUCCAAGCUCAAUCCCACCCCCAAGGUUUGGCUCAAGGCCAGACUCCAGGCCAGGCCCAGAUCAAGAAUCAGAAUCUCGCCCAACAAUCCCCUGCUCCGGGUCAGCCUCAGCUUCAGGUACCCGGUCAACAGCACAUGCAAGUUCCCAAUGCAGCCCCUGGCCAGCCCCAAGCUCCUGGGCAGCCGCAGAUGAAGCAAGCUCCGGGUCAACAACAGGUUCAUCUGCAAGUUCCUGGGCAGAAUGGAGUGCCUCAGCCGGCUCCAAACGCUGCCGCCGCAGAAUCAGAGAAAGAGCCUCUCAAGAAACCGUGGGAGUACUCGGAUGAGAUCAUGUCUGGUCUAAAGACUGCUUUCCCGCUGCUUGCGCUCUCGAUGGAGACGAUGGUCGAUCAAAUCCACAAGAACUUCAAAUGUCCACCUGAUGAAGAUGCCUAUCGUCUGAUUGUAGCUUUGCUCAACGAUGGGUUAGCAUACGUGGGCCGCAUGCCUGGUUCCUACGCCCAAGACUUCAAACUUCCCGCCGCCACGGAAGCCAAUAUCACGCGGUUCGCAGAGACGAUUCUGCCGGCUCAUAUUCGCAAGUCAUUCGAAGCUGAUUUCGUUGUGAAGAAGCCAACUAUGUACGAGUAUAUUCAGAAGCUACGUCGCUGGCGUGACAAAUUUGAGGAGAAGCUUGAUCGUCGCGCUCCAUACCAGUUCCUGGAGACAUACUCACCACAUCUCAGCGAGUUCCGAUUCCUGAAAUUUGAUGAGGUCGAGGUGCCAGGCCAAUACCUGUUACACAAGGACAAGAACCAGGAUUUCGUCCGCAUUGACAGAUUCCUGCCAGAUAUUGACAUCGUCCGGGGCAUUGGUGUCUGUCACCGCCGACUCAAGAUUCGUGGCCAUGAUGGUAGUGUACAUGCAUUCGCUGUCCAACAUCCCGCAGCUCGUCACUGUAGACGAGAAGAGCGCAUCCUACAGCUCUUCCGUAUCUUCAAUGGGCUGUUGGGCAAACGCAAGGAGAGCCGGCGCCGCAAUCUGUACUUUCACCUUCCACUCAUGGUUCCACUCGCACCUCAUAUUCGCCUGGUGCGCGACGAUCCCUCGUACAUCUCGAUGCAGGGUAUCUUCGAGGACUACUGCCGCCGGGUGGGCACAAACAAGGAUGAGCCGGUUCUGUUUACCAUGGAGAAGAUGCGUUCGUUGGCGGAGACAAAGCAGAACGUAAGCCAAUCUAAGUGUAUCUUGCAGCUCAACACAGCUAACCUCUCAAAGCGCACACCGGAUCAACAACAGGUUCUUCGGACUGAAAUUCUCACAGCCAUUCAAGAGAAGUGGGCACCAAGUACGAUUGUGAAGGACUACUUCCAAAAGGUGUAUCCGAACUUUGCAGAUUUCUGGCUUUUCCGUCGGCAAUUCGCCUAUCAGUAUGCGGCUGUCGCAUUCAUGACAUACGUGAUGCAUAUGGGCAACCGGUACCCCAACAAGAUCAUGAUUUCUAGGUCUACAGGUGAUAUCUGGGGAACAGAACUGAUACCAGCGAUCAACCCCGCAAAGGCUUUCUUCUACAACCCAGAACAGGUGCCUUUCCGUCUUACACCCAACAUCCAGACACUGAUGGGGCCGAUCGCCACCGAAGGUCUGUUUGCAUGUGCCUUGAUGGCCAUUGCUCGAUGCCUUACCGAAGCACGUCAUGAGCUUGAGCAACAGCUCAGCAUCUUCGUUCGAGAUGAGAUGAUGUUCUGGGCUACGGCGCAGCAUCGUGGUGUGCUUCCAGUGGCCCAGCUUCGCGAUCUGGUGUACAACAAUAGUGAUAUUAUUGUCAACCGGGCUGUCAGCCUAGCCAGCCCACCGGAAGGUAACCUGCCGGCCAAUCAAACCACCAUUGAUCUGAUCUCCAAGGCCGUGAACCCUCAGCAUCUGGCCUCCUGUGACGCUUUGUGGAUGCCAUACCUCUAA